AUGUUUCGCCAGAAUGCGCUGUCUGCAUGUAGACGGUCAACAAGAGCAUGCAUUUCUGCUCAUGCACGUUCGCUGGCGACACUCACUGACACACCCAACCCAUCCACCUCCUUCCCACCACCAAAGCCGCCGCAACCCGCGCAAAAGGCCAUCCCUGUUAUUAAUGCCGCCGUCAUCCUGAACCGCUCCCCGAUCCUCACACGGACGCUCACGGUCUUCGAGCAGACCUACUACGACUACCAGUCGCGAAUACAACGCGCGCUCUUCAACCCGUUUGCGGACGAGUUCUACUUCAAGCCGGGUGCACUCCUUGAAGGCAAGUUCGAUGCGGAGGAGAAGGCUCGAGAGCGGGAGGCAUUUGGGAGGGUGAGGCCUGGAGGGUCCACAGAAUCUCGCGACGACAGUGCUACCCCCGAUGCUGCGGCUAUUCCACCAGAAGAGACCGCUGAUUCAACACCUGCUCCUGUUACCGCCGCAGCUGCUGAUGCCUCCGACACUAUAAGUCUGAAGGAGCAGAAACCCAUGCCUCGGAUACACGAGGCUGACAAGACUGGGGACGUGCGGAGCUUGGACAGGCAGGGAGAGCGGAAUCUCUACUUGCUGCUACAGGCCAAGGCUGACUCGGGCGCGGCAGUAUGGAGAUUCCCGCAGGGCGAUGUUGAGAAGGAUGAAGUACUACACACGGCGGCGGAGAGAGACCUUCGUGCUGAGUGCGGGACUCAAAUGGACACCUGGGUUGUGAGCCGGAAACCAGUAGGUGUCUAUGAGCCGUCAACACCAAACGGCGCAAAGUCAGAUCAGACCUACGUGUUCUUCUACAAGGCGCACAUUCUUGCCGGGCAGGUACAGCCAGACGGUAAAAAGAUUCUUGACUUUGCAUGGCUCACGAAGGAGGAGAUUGAGCCUCGCGUGGAUGCACAGUAUUGGUCUGGGGUCAAGGAUAUGCUAUCUGACUUCUAA